CUGGGUUGGACAGGAAACGACGGAGCCUCGCGGCGUGUCCCCUCCGCGGUCAGGGAGAAGAAUGGGAUACAUGCGGACCGCAUUCAGCCUCAAAACAUGAACACGACGGAUACUUUCAAGUAGUUCCAUUCCGUUUUUUCGAAAAAAAAAAUAGGGCUCAUUUCCCGAGACCCGUAAAGCGUAACGCAUCUUCACUCAACCCAGGACCUUCUUUGUGGAUCCCAUUUCACUCGGAUUAAAGAGUGCAGCGCUGGUUCCGACUGACCUGGAACCGCAAUAGGAAGAGGGUCAAACCACUUCAGAGAUGGAUCAGGUAUCCGAUGACGAGUUGGACCAUGGCGCCGAGGAGGACAGUGAUAAGGAGGACCAAGACCUGGACAAGAUGUUUGGAGCCUGGCUUGGGGAGUUGGACAAGAUCACACAGAGUAUGGAUGACGACAGGCCUCAGAAGGCGCUGCAUAAGCCUCCUCUCAGACAGGAGACCAACAUUGCCAACUUCUCCUACCGCUUCUCAAUGUAUAACCUCAACGAGGCGCUGAACCAAGGCGACACAGUCGACUUGGACGCUCUGAUGGCUGACCUGUGUACCAUUGAGCAGGAGCUGAGCACCAUUUCCAAGCCAAAUUCUCGCAGUCAGAGCAAGCGCGCCGCGGGGGGACGGGGCGCUAGCACCAAGCACCCGGGCGCCGGCGGAGGGGGAAGCAGUGGAGGAAGCGCCAAUAGCAGCACUCGGGCGUCCCCAGCCAACACUGUGCGAGGCGGUAGUGUCAACACGCGCCCCGUGGCCUCCAACAUUUCUCUGGAUGACAUCACCUCUCAGCUGGAGAAGGCGUCACUCAGCAUGGACGAAGCCGCGCGUCAGACCUCGUCGUCAGCCGCCACGUUGCGACGUCCUACCUCCGCUUCGUCCGGGGGCGGGCGGCACCACCGGCGGACAGGCUCCACGGGCGGCGUGAGCGAACAGGAAGCUCCGUCCCAGCGCUCCAGCGUCAACUCGGCGUCGGCGUCCAGUAUGGAUUCUCUGGACAUUGAGAAAGGGACGACGGGAAGCGAUGGAGACGGAAGGAUCAGCCCGACAGUUCAAAGACAAAACCAGACCAGCACGGAGCAUGUCACACUACGAUGGGCCAACGGUAAAACGGCCAGGCGGCACCUUGACUUCACCUCACAAGAGGGUGAAGUGGAUCGGGCCACUCACUCCUAUCUGGACCAAGAAACCUCGCUCAUUUUGAAAAGCAUAGCAGGAAAGCCUUCUCACCUCCUGACCAAGGAGGAGCAUGCCGCCAAGCUGAAGGCGGAGAAGAUUCGAGUGGCCUUGGAAAAAAUCAAAGAGGCGCAGGUGAAAAAGCUGGUGAUUAGGGUGCACAUGUCGGACGAAAGUUCCAAGACCAUGAUGGUGGACGAGAGGCAAACGGUCAGGCAGGUGCUGGACAGCCUCCUGGACAAGUCACACUGUGGUUACAGCCCAGAUUGGUCGCUGGUUGAAACCAUUACUGAGCUGCAAAUGGAACGUAUUUUUGAGGAUCACGAGAACCUUGUGGAGAAUCUGUUGAACUGGACGCGGGACAGUCACAACAAGCUCAUGUUCAUUGAGCGCAUCGAGAAAUACGCUCUCUUCAAGAAUCCUCAGAACUAUUUGUUGGGGCGUAAGGAGACUUCAGAAAUGGCCGACAGGAACAAAGAGGCUUUAUUAGAGGAGUGCUUCUGCGGAGGCUCUGUGUCAGUGCCUGAGAUUGAAGGGGUGCUUUGGCUAAAGGAUGACGGCAAGAAGUCAUGGAAGAAGCGCUACUUCCUCCUCAGGGCUUCUGGAAUUUACUACGUCCCUAAAGGCAAAGCCAAGGCAUCUAGGGACCUCGUGUGCUUCCUCCAACUGGACCAUGUUAACGUUUACUAUGGUCAAGACUAUCGUAGCAAAUACAAAGCUCCGACCGACUACUGCCUGGCUUUGAAGCAUCCACAGAUCCAGAAGAAGUCUCAAUAUAUUAAGUAUCUAUGCUGUGAUGAUGUCAGGACCUUGCACCAGUGGGUUAAUGGAAUUCGAAUUGCAAAGUAUGGGAAGCAGCUCUAUGGAAACUACCAGGAGGCCAUGAAGAGAACAGAGGCAGCCUAUGAUUGGUCCUCUCUAUCUACCUCCAGCAUUCGAUCAGGAUCCAGUUCUGCAAGCAUACACGAAUCGCAGUCUAAUCAUUCAGGCCAUUCUGACAGCGGCGUGGACACGGGUUCUCACGGUCGCUCCCAGAGUGUUGUGAGCUCCAUUUUCUCUGAGGCCUGGAAGAGAGGCACGCAAUUAGAAGAAAACACCAAGAUGCGAAUGGAGGCUUCCAGAGGAGCCACUUUACCACACGCUUCCCACGGUCACCGCCAUCAUAGUCAGCAUUCAGUGGACCAUGCGGCUCUGACAACGCCGCCUCCGCAACAGCCUCAACCGCAGGCAGUUGAGCAGCAGCCGCCUCCGAAGCCGCAGUCGCCUCAACAGGUCCCGCAGUCGCCUCAGCGCUUGCAGCAGACUCCGAAACAACAACUGCAACAACAAGAGCCACACACCACGACUAGCUACAGUCACGUGCCUGCCCAACAGACGCCUCCAAACAACUACAACCAAAUGCCUCCGCCACCGUCACUUCCACAGCAGCAGGCACAGUCCAACUACAACCCACCGCCGCACAACAGCGUUGUGCCCUCCCAACAGCCGCACCACGGUAACUACAACCACGUGACGCUCCCCCAGCAACAGCCAGCUCCUCCUGCACCUGCUCCACCUCCUCCACCGCCCCCACCACCUCCUCCACCACCACCACCCCCAGUUCAAACCAUGUCGCACUACUCUCCGGCUCUCAACAUGUACAAGUUUAGUACAAUAACCAGGCUGCAGAACCAGAACCAGGCCGGCAACCAACACAGGUUGCAUCCCCAGCACCCGCCCCCUUCGCAUACGCCACCCGCCGCAAAGGUGAUUAUUAAACCAAAUGUCAAUCACAUCGCAGCAAGGACUAAUGUCCCGCCUCCACCUCCGCCCCCUCCGCCGCCAUCCUUCCCGACCCCCGGUUCCGCCAUGGCUGCGUUAAAGUAUGGCCCUCCGAGUCCAAACACCCACGCGUGUUUCUUCCCGCCACCUCUUAAUCCUCAGACCAACGGAGUUUUAUUUCCGCCCCCUCCUCCGCCACCCCCUUUGGCACCGGGUCCUAUUAGCCAGUCGACGUAUCCGCUGGGGCUAAAGCACGCACUGAAAGAGCGGUUUCCCAGCCCACCGCGAGAUCUCCUGUCUGCAAACGUAGAAGUUGAAGACUCCCCACCUCCUGCUCCUACUCCGCCGCCACCGCCCCCACCGCCGCCACCUCCGCCCCCUCCGCCUCCUCCGCCACCGCAGCAGUUCCCAGUGCCAGCCCAGUUCCCGCCUCCUCCACCAGCGCCACACAAAUCCUACACCCCGGGCUUUCUUCCUCAUACCGCCCUCAAACCUGUCUCACCUGUCUCUCCCUUCCCACCCGCCCCACCUGUGGCCACUGUGGGAGGACUCCCACCGCCGCCACCCCCUCCUCCACCUGCACCCCUCAAGAAGCAGUUUAGUCUCCAGACAGGCUACACUUCCAACCAACCUCCACCAACUCUUCCCAAACAGCACAGUCUGUCCAAGCCCCCAUCGGGAACACACCAGUCUUUGGUGAAACAGCUCGCAAGUCAGUUUCCCGGAGCUUCGACUCAAGUAACCAAUCACACAGAGAGCUCCAAAGCUCCCCUCUCCCCGCCUGCAGUCAAGUCCAAACCAAAAUGGCAGCCUAUUGGCAGUCAGCAGCUCCAGUCUUCAGAGUUCCCACCACCUCCUGACAGUGUUCAAGUCAGCCAUACUGGUUUUCCUGCUCCACCGCCACCUCCUGCUUCUUGUCCAGCACCACCACCUCCUCCCCUUCCUACUGGGAAUAUGGGAUCACCCUUUUCCAACUCCAAUUUUGGAGAUAAAAAACCUCCGCCGACCCCCCAGAGGAACUCCAGCAUCAAGUCUAACUCUUCUGCAUCCUAUGAAGAAUCCAGGAGAAAUCUGCUCAGCAAGUUUGCCCCCACAAGCGACAGCCGUUCAUCCUCUCACUCUCCCACUUCUGCUUCAACUGGUUCUCCGUCAAAGGACCCCACAGGGGGACCCCGUGCACCCCCAAAACCUGGUAAACUCAACCUAGCCAACCUGCCCUUGGGUCUUCAGGCCAAAGUCAGCCAGGCCAAGCAAUCGGGUGGCGAGUUCCCUUCCCCUCCGGCUGAGUGUGCCUACUUCCCUCCUCCGCCACCCGCGUCAGAGCUCUUCCCGCCUCCGCCGGGGAGCGAUUCUCAUAGUAGCGGACCCCCGAGAGUAGCUGUGGUGAACCCCCAGCCCCAAGCUCCUCCUCCUCCCCCACCAAUCUCUUUAACCAACAACUCCACCUGGUCCAAGAGCUCCCUGAAAAAGACUCCUCCUCCAACGCUCGUACGCCGCAGCAACACAACACCGGAUCCCCCGCCGCUUUCGCCGCCGCCACCCACCUCCCCGAAGGGCAGCUCAGGACAGCCCAACUUCCUCGCCGAUCUGAACCGGACCCUCAAGCGAAAGUCUGUGGGUAGGCAAGGCAAAAUAGACUCUGCUGGGACUAUGGAUGACAUGGUGCUGCCGCCGCCACCCCCCGAGCUGCUCCUUGAACAGGAAACUCAGAGCAAUGGCGGAAACGAUGGCUACAUGUCCGGGAACAUCUCAGGCUAUGCAACGCUACGACGAGGACCCCCGCCUGCGCCCCCGAAACGGGGGGAUGCCACCAAGCUUACCGGGGAGUGUUGAAAAUACAUUUAGGGAACGAGAAAGUCUUUGGGAUCACGAGUCAUCAAAAUUGUAUAUAGCUAAAGCUGAUUUAGAAUUUGGUCAGUGAGGGUCCAAAUGCUCAGGAUUUAAACUUCUAAUUGACAGUUAGCCACUUAGCAUGUAUUUUGAACUCCUCGCUAAGUACAAUUUGGGUUUUAAAUCUCCAAACUAAUAUUUGAUCUAAAUUGCAAACAUGCUCGGUAAAUAUUAGUGUUGCACCGAUACCUAUUUUUGGCUCCUGGUACUGAUUCCAAUUCUGUAAAAUUACUGCAUAACAACUAUAAUGUAAAAUAAUUGCUACCAUUGCUUGAUCAGACUCUCAUUGCCUGCCACUGACUGCGCUAGAUGUCCGAUCUACUUCAAAUGGGAGGGCUGGCAGUGAAUGAACGAAUGUGGAUUGGACAUCUACUAGUGAUAAACUCAUUUUAAUUCACGGCAUAAGCAUGAAAAGACCUUUCAUCGCCCUAACCAAAAUGGUCUCAGGGGCAGCCAUGUUUGUAGGGGCGCUGUCCCAUCAAAGUUGAUGCGUUGACGUUAAAAUGAAGUCCUAACCAGCUUCUUUCUCAACCGAUUUUUAAAAGAUUUUUUGAUGAAUGUCAAAGCAACUGGCUCUUCUAAAAUGGCUUCAGGACGGCCAUGUUGGUAGGGGCACUGUCCCAUCAAAGUCAAUGCGUUGACAUUAAAAUGAAGUCCUAACUAGGUUAUUCCUCAACCGAUUUUUACAAGAUUAUUUUAUCAAUGUCAAAGCAUCUGCCUCCACCAAAAUGGCCUCAGGGCGGCCAUGUUGGUUGGGGCGCUGUCCCAUGACAGUCUGUGCGUUGACGUGAAAAUGAAGUCCUAACUAGCUUAUUUCUCAACCGAUUUUUACAAAAUUAUUUUAUCAAUGUCAAAGCAUCUGUCUCUACCAAAAUGGCCUCAGAGCGGCCAUGUUGGUAGGGGCGCUGUCCCAUCAAAGUUGGUUCGACGUGAAAAUGAAGUCCAAACUCGCUUAUUUCUCCACUGAUUAAAAGAUUAUUUGAUCAAUGUCAAAGCAUCUGCCUCUACAAAAAUGUUGGUAGGGGCGGUGUCCCAUCAAAGCUAAUGCAUUGAUGUUAAAAUAAAAUCCUAACUAGCUUAUUUCUCAGCCAAUUUCUGAAAGAUGUUACCAAUGUCAAAGUAUCUGCCCGCUGUCCCAUCAAAGUCGAUGCAUUGACGUCCUAAUUAGCUUAUUUCUCAACUGAUUUUUGAAAUAUUAUUUUAUUUGUGUCAAAACAUGUGCCCCUAUCAACAUGGCCUCAGGGUGGCCAUGUUUGUAGGGGCGCUAUCUCCUCAAAGUCAAUGCGUUGACGUCCUAACGAGUUUAUUUCUUAACCGAUUUUUAAAAGAAUUAUCAAUGUCCAAGCAUCUGCCUCUACCAAAAUGGCGUCAGGGCGGCCAUGUUGGUAGGGGAAACAUUCCCAUCAAAGUCAAGACAUUGAUGUUAAAAUGAAGUCUUAACUAGCUUUUUUAUCAACCGAUUUUUAAAAGAUUAUUUGAUCAAUGCCAAAGAAUCUGCCUCUACUAAAAUGGCUUCAGGGCGGCCAUGUUAGUAGGGGCGCUAUCCAAUCAAAAUCAGUACAUUGACGUUUAAAUUAAGCCCUAACUAGCUUAUUUCUCAACCAAUUUUUAACAGAUUAUCAAUGUCAAAGUGUCUGCCUCUACCAAAAUGGUCUCAUGGCGGCCAUGUUGGUAGAGAAUCAUGCUGUCCCAUCAAAGCCAAUGAUUGAAUUUUAAAAUUAUGUCCUAACUAUCUUAUUUCUCAACCGAUUUUUACAAAUUAUUUGAUCAAUGUCAAAGCAUCUGCCUCUACCAAAAUGGCCUCUUGGCAGCCAUGUUGGUAGAGGCGCUAUCCAAUCAAAGUCAAUGCAUUGAUGUUAAAAUGAAGUCCUAACUAGGUUAUUUUUCAAUUGACUAUUAAAACAUUAUUUUGCAUCAUUCGUUGUCUACCAUUCGAUGCCAUCCCUCCCACUUCAAAUAGAUUAGACGUCUACUAGUAAGCAUGUGUAGCUGGCGGCCAUCUUGGGUUGGAAACUAGCUCUCGAAACGUACAUGUUAUUUCUUGUGACGACAUUUUAGCACCGUGUCGGUGCAACACUACUAAAUAUGACCAGAUUCAGGUUGGACCCAAACUAAGUGUCAUCUUCUGGUGCUGUAUAUUGUAAAAGAAACAAACAAAAAAGGACCUUGUGUUGGCAGUAGCGACAUGCUAGCGCAUCUGGGACUCGUACAAACAUGCGCUGAGCUCAUACACGUACAUAAGUAAGAGAUAUUUGCCUUUGUGUGACGUUAUUUAAAUGAUAAAUUGAAGUGUUUUUCUUUCGGAUUGGUAAAAUGUGAUAAUGGAAUGUAUUUGGAAGCUUCAAAUGAGCUAACCCUUUCCAAAUGGUCUUAUUAUGACAACAGCAAAGAAGGAGGCCUUAUUCUUUAAGUGUUGCACUGUUGGAGAGUUUUUUGAAUGGAUUCUCGUGGAAGGCUUUUUUUUUUUUUAAUAUCCUAUUGCUUUUUUCAGUCCGUUUUGUACAGUUGCUGCAGCUUCCUCGCUGUCCAAGUCGUCACGUUGCAGCAAUCCAGGAAGUAGGCCGGAUUCAUCCAUGUUAACGAUAUGCCACAGGAUACUACGGUACAGUUCAUCAAAUCAUGUUGUGAUACACUUAAAUGGUGCCAGGGGGACGUAAGACUUGAGUGUUGCUGUCCUAUUAGUGGGUAUGUGGUUUCUUGGUGGUGCCAUCAAAAGUCUUCAGUCUGCUUGCAACAAUGCCUUCAUUUUCUUCAGGGUGCUUGUGCUGUCCCAACAUUUCAAUAUUUCUAUUUCCAUCGACACUGCAUACGACGACAUUAGGGCCAAACAAAGACAAAAAUAGGACUAAAAAUCAUAAUAUUACGAGAUUGAAGUCAAAAUAUUGCGAGAACGAAGUCAUGCGUUGUAAUACAAGGAGAAAAAGGUCGCAAUAUUGCAAGAAUAAAGUCAUAGUUUGUAAUGUUACAAGAUUAAAGUCGUGCUAUUAAGGGGAAAACGUAAUACAAAAUACAUCUUAAUCCAUUGUACGUAAUAUUCCAAUCGAAGUCACAAUGUUAUGUCAUUGUCCGUAAUAUGAGAAAAAAGUUGUAAUGUUACAUAACUACCGUAGUAUCACAAGAUUAAAAUCGUAAUAUUAUGAGAGAGAAAAAACCCAUAAUAUUACGAGAAUAACUACUGUAUACAUUCUAUUACUAGGAGCAAAAAGUUAUACACUGCUGGCCAAAAGUAUUGUCACCCCUGCAAUUCUGUCAGAUAACGCUCCCAGAAAAUGAUUGCAAUUACAAAUGCUUUGGUAGUACGGUAAUGUCUUCAUUUAUUUUGCUUACAAUGAAAAAACACAAAAGAGAAUGGGGGAAAAAUUAAAUCAUUAUCAUUUUACACAAAACUCCAAAAAUGGGCCAGACAAAGUAUUGGCACCCUUUGAAAAAUUGUGAUGCUUCUUGAAUUGGUAUAUUUAACAUCACCUGUUACUUACCUGUGGCUCAUAACAGGCGGUGGCAAGAACUAAAUCACACAUGCAGCCAGUUAAAAUGGAUUAAAGUUGACUCAACCUCUGUCCUGUGUGACUGUGUCCUUGUGUGUACCACAUUGAGCAUGGAGAAAAGAAAGUAGACCAAAGAACUGUCUUAGGACUUGAGAAGCAAAAUUGUGAGGAAGCAUGGGCAAUCUCAAGGCUACAAGUCCAUCUCCAAAGACCUGAAUGUUCCUGUGUCUUUUGUGUGCAGUGUCAUUAAUAAGUGUAAAGCCCAUGGCACUGUGGCUAACCUCCUGGAUGGAAAAGAAAAAUUGAUGAGAGAUUUCAACGUAAGAUUGCACGGAUAGUGGAUAAAGAACCUCGACUAACAUCCAAACACGUUCAAGCUGUCCUGCAGUCCGAGGUUACAACCGUGUCAACCCGUACUAUCCGUCAGCGUCUGAAUGAAAAGGGACUCUAUGGUAGGAUGCCCAGGAAGAUCCCCACUUCUGACCCAGAGACAUAAAAAAGCCAGGCUGGGGUUUGCCAGAACUUACCUGAGAAAGCCAAAAACGUUUUGGAAGAAUGUUCUCUGGUCAAAUGAGACAAAAGUAGAGCUUUUUGGGAAAAGGCAUCAACAUACGUGUAGAGUUUGCAGCAGGGGUCGCGUUAACCGAAUAUUUUCCGUCGUUGACCAAUUUUUUAAAACGGUGACGGAAAAAACUGGAGCCCACCUGUCAUUUUGACAGGUUGCGAUUCACACCCCAGACCACAGGGGGGCGAGUGAGCAUAUUAAUUAGCUAUUGUCUCUCUUGAUGCAUGACAUCGUUGGCCUUACUCUGAAAAAUGUCAAGGCAACUGAGUGUCCGAAGUUUCUUCUAAAAGCCCCAAAACGACGAUGGUGUUGAUAAAAGAGGUGAAAAAACAGGGACUGCACAAGCGGGCACGCAAUUCAAGUGCAUGUGCACCAGGAGGAAGGUGUAAGACUCCGUUCAGGCCACAGCAGGUGAACUGUUAAUUUCAUUGUUCCAUAUGUAGCCUUACCUACUGGGGCCACAGUCAGCUGUUUUGUCACUGCGGAGAAAAAGUUACAUAUUCAUCUGCUUGAUGUGUGAUGGCACGGUGUGGAUUCUCUGUUAAGCUUGUUCGGACAGAAUAUUAAUUUAAAAUGAAUGAAAACUAAAUACUAUUGAAUAUGUUGAAGCGGUAUGCAAUGUUAAGAGUCUUGUUAGCUCGAAUUGCUGUGUCCAGCCGCUGAAGCUCUGCUGCUCUCUGUGAACUCUAUUCAAGCCGGUGUAGGUUCACUAUCCUCUUCCCCUCACUAUCCACUCGCUCUCGCUAUAUGAUUGGCCGAAGAGUCGAAAUGCUCUCCCGUGAAAUGCCUGUUUAAAAAUGUUCUCGUUGUUACUGUAGUACACCGGAACGCGCGCGGCUCUUAAGUGUCUCUGUCACGUGACUGUGUCGUAGCCGCCAACGCGCUCGGCCAAAUGGACACACAAGUACGGAAGGUGAAUUAUGCCCAAAAAAGGAUCACCACAAUGUCAUUAUCAUCAUUUUAAAAAUUUAAGUGAUGGGUAAAAAUAGAUUAUGACCGGAUUUUUAUGACCCUGUCAGUCUUAAUGACAGACAACGAAAAAGUCUAGCGCAACCUCUGGUUUGCAGGGAAAAAAACGAGGCCUUUCAAAGAAAAUAACACGAUCCCCACAGUCAAACAUUGCAGAGGUUCCCUGAUGUUUUGGGGUUGUUUUGCUACCUCUGGGACUGGACUGCUUGACCGUGUGCAUGGCAUUAUGAAGUCUGAAGACUACCAACAAAUUUUGCAGCAUAAUGUAGGGCCCAGUGGGUCUCCCUCAAAGUCAUGGGUCUUCCAGCAGGACAAUGACCCAAAACACACUUCAUAAAGCACAAGAAAAUGGUUUGAGAGAAAGCAUUGGAGACUUCUAAAGUGGCAAGCAAUGAGUCCAGACCUGAAUCCCAUAGAACACCUGUGGAGAGAUCUGAAAAUAGCAAUUUGGAGAAGGCACCCUUCAAAUCUCAGAGAACUGGAGCAGUUGGCCAAAGAAGAAUCGUCUAAAAUUCCAGCAGAGCAUUGUAAGAAUCUCAUUGAUGGAUGCCGGAAGCGGUUGUUCGCAGUCAUUUUGUCUAAAAGUUUUGCUACCAAGUAUUAGGCUAAGGGGGGGCCAAUACUUUUGUCCGGCCCAUUUUUGGAGUUUUGUGUGAAAUGAUAAUAAUUUAAUUUUUUUUUGUCAUUCUCUUUUGUGUUUUUUCAUUGCAAGCCAAAUAUUUGAAGAUAUUACUAGCAAAGCAUUUGUAAUUGCAAUCAUUUUCUGGGAGAAAUUGAGCAUUAUCAGACAGAAUUGCAGGGAUGCCAAUACUUUUGGCUAGCACUGUAAGUUAGGAAACACGUAUGGAUGCAUUCCUGCUAAUUUAGCUAAAUUAGCUACUAUGUACUCGUGUUUCGCCACUUCCGUGAAAAUGAACUACUUUAUAUCAUCUUUUAAUACAUUUACAUCAAACAAUAAUCAAUAUAAGGAGUUAUAUUAAUACGUCGUCAUAGCAGCAAAUUUUUUCGUUUUAACAGCGCCACGACAAGUACGGUAACCACUGACAUAGUUAAAUUAGCCAUACUGCAUAUUAUAUAACAAGAAUACUUGAUAUAAUGACUUUAUUCUAUUGACUAUGUUUGGCCCUAAUGCUCCGUCGUAGUAUACCGUAUUUUUUUAGUAUAAGUCGCUCUUCAGUAUCAAAAAUAGUGCGACUUAGUCUGGAAAAUACGGUAUUUGACUUUUUAAAAGGGUGAUAAGGACUAAUGGAAACAGUCUAAUCCGCAUGGUCUUUGUCUGGUUUAACCAAGACUCCCGAAAAAAAAUCUAUGAUACUGGUCGAUUCUGUACGAUUCCACAUAUUUUAAGAUUUAAAAAAAAAUCUCACUGUCCUUAACGGGAUCUUUGCUACAGUUCUGUGUGUAAGUUAUUGAUGUACUCAUGUGGGGCCUAAAUGGUUACAAAUGGAUUCAAUUUGUCCUUGCUUAUAAACCAAGAUUCACAAUAUAAAUGUUGAAACCAAAAUUUGUCCCGAGUCGUCAUUUAUUUACGGUACACUGUAGUAGGUACUAGUACUAGUAUGCUAGCAUUGGAGGACAUGAAAAUUCUUAAAAGUUACCCUUCAUUGUUCUGAUUUUUUUUUUUUUUUUUUGCUACAUUUUCAUCAAUAAUAGUUAAUAAAGUUUGAUUUAACUUAGUGUACAGAUCAAUGGUAUUUUUAUGGUUUGCUGUUUGAAUGACUUGACAUAAUAAAUAACAGGGUUGCAUAUCAUACUGUUAGCUAUACUGUUACCCAAGUAUCAAGGCUGUUUAGCUAGCUGUUAGUGGAUAAAUUUAUGGAAAUGAGUCAAUUAAAAAGAAUAAUGAAGGCUAACUAUUUCAUCAAAAUAUGUAAAGUAGAAAAGAGCAUACUGUAAACAUUAAUCUGGAGAUCUAUUUGGUGAUGUAAAUAUGGAGAUUAACGCCCUCUAGUGGUUUUCCAGUGUCUGAACUUGUACAUUUCUAAAUCUACCAAUCUACCACUUAAACCUUAUUUAAAAAAAACAAUAAAAAAACGGCACUCAUUUAUCUCAUUCGUGGCAAUUGAUGGUGGUAGACGUCCAAUCCAUUUUGACUGCAAGAGGCGGAUAAACGUUCGCACCAAAAUUUGACUAAAACACCAUUACGGUGAUUCCUCCUUUC